AGAACCUGUCGCAAGGGAUAUGGCGCAGACGGCGUGUUAAUCAUGAAGGCGGCAGACCUGGGCGCAUAAGAGCAUUCUGGUGUCUUGCAGUAUUGCCAAUUUGGCGUCUCUUUCUUUCUUUCUCCCUUGGUGGAAGCUCCAUCGAAAAUUUUCCCUUCGUGAUGCCCCGGCUAAUCAGGCGACGACCGUUCCUCGAGCGACUGAAAGCAUACCUCAACCCGCUCGACUUUCUGCUGUGGUUAUCGGAAGAAUUUGACUCGAAUGACUGGGCGCAGUGGGAAAAGGAGUGGGCUAUACCGUUAGGCGUUGGCAUCAACUGUCUAUUUCUGCUCGCGCGUGCGAACAGUCGCAGUCGUAGCCAGGCGUACGAUGAUGUUUUUGGAGAAAAUGGCGGCAUCAGCUGGUUGAAUUGGUUGGCCUCGUUUAUCGUGCACCUCCUCGCUCUUCUGUCGGUCUUGAACGCAGUAUACACAUUCAAUCGAAAGCGGACUUAUCGACUAUUCGAGGCACCCAUCGAUAAUGCUCCCGCAACUCCCUCUGCGCAGCGAGUCAAAGUGGCAUCGUCUCCGCGCUCUUCGUCCCCAUUGCGCCUCAUUUCCAACGUGUUAUCAUCCGGUUCUGCAGAGAGCAGAUCGCAUCCCAGGCCAGAACGGGACGUCUGGCAAAUCGGUGUCUGGGACCCUCAUCCUUUGGCCAUUAGGCUGUUCUGUCUGUUUAGCCCUGGGCACGUUCUUGUGUAUUGGCUCUUUCUUCCCACCGCGCCGUCUGACCCCCGACCGAGCAUGACUAUUGUGACAACCAUUUUCCUGGCCACCCUCUUCACGGUUCAGCUGUCCACCCUUUCAUCUUCGUUCACGCAGCAGUCGAAGGACUCCAUGUUGAUACAUAAAGAGGUUCUGAAUGAAUACGACAUCAAGUAUGUCCAUCCACGGACACAGCCUUUGAUGCGUGACGUUGCAACACAGUUCAACACCGCCGACUCGUACCAGCCUCAUAAAGACGAGAAGUACAACAAAGUGGAGACGUACACACCGACUGUGAUGCGUCACGGAUUUAAAACUAAUCCUAAUCCCAAUUAUCUCCAACAUAUUGACCCCGAGUCGAAAGGUGUACAGGGUACCCCGCGCAGACAGUUAUUUUCCACUCCCAGGACGUCUUUCUCUGGCUCAACGAAGGCUUCAAGCGUACAGACACCGAAGUAUGGAAUUGAUUCUUCUCCACUGAUAUCGCAAAGCGCUCUUCGACAGCCACAUUUCCGUCCAACGCCUAGUAUGGGUGACGGCGGUAGCUUGGGUGUAUAUUCCCAUGCGCAAUCCCCAUUGAAGAGAAAUAUACCGACAAAUUUAGACCAACGCAGUGCACAUCGCCGUGGUGAUUAUGAGAGUAGAGACCAUGCCCAGAGUCCUGCGAGAUUGCCCAGCAGUCCUCUGAAAAGAUCCAGUGUUCCUGGGGGAAUAAGCGCGUCUGCAGCCGCUCAAAGAUGGGGUCACUUGGCUACUCCAAGUGGAAGAAGAGAAAGUGGCAGAGUUUGAUGACAUUUACCGUUUUAUUCACUUGAACUAUAUUACAUUAUGGCCUUUUUUAUGGCGUUCGUGUCCCUAUGGUUGGCUCCUACAGUUGCAUCUUUGGCGUUCUCAUUCUCGAUAUAUUUCUUGAUUUGAAGGAUUAUUAUUAUUCAUCUGAGAUGAAUCAUGAGCUUUUACAUGUAUAUUUCCCAGUGAGAUAUGGCAUAACAACAACGGAAAAAUCAUUGUACGCUACGUUGCUUGCUGUUUUG